AUGGUAACCGUAUCAGUCCUGCUCCUCCUGCUCUCAGUUCACUGCAGCCUCACUACCUUCCAUAUCAUUUGGUGGAACAGGAUUCAGACUAAUGCUCGGGCAGAUUGCAGAGAAAAUUACAUCGACCUCGUCACUGUGUACUCUGAUGAAGACAACACUAAACUGACUAACCUGAUGAAGGCUGGUGGUGGAGGAGGUUGGAUCGGUCUCUAUCGCGGUCAGUUCAGUGAGAAAUGGUCUAAUGGUGAUCCUGUAACAUUCAGUAAUCUGACAGGGGAUUGUGGGAUAUCAAGUUGGUGUGCUGCUAUGAAGCCUGAUGGUUCAUGGGAAAGUCUUCAGUGCACAGUGACAAGAUACUUCAUGUGCUAUGAGCAAAAUGCUUCUUCACAGACUCCUAAUUAUCAUCUAAUCCUUGAGAAUAAGACCUGGUAUGAAGCUCAGCGUUACUGCAGGGGGCGCUACACUGACCUGGUCAGCAUCAGAGAUCAGCAGCAAAAUGAAGAGGUGAAGAUUAAAGGGUUAAACAGCAGCACGUCCUUCUGGAUCGGCCUGUUGCAUGAUGACUGGCAGUGGACUGAUGGAGGAAACUCUACUUACAGGAACUGGGCGAGUGGUCAACCUCAGCCAUCACCAUACGACUGUGUACGAAUGUGGCCAGGGGCAUUGAAUUGGUACUCAGUGCCAUGCAGUGAUUCUUACCCCCCUCUGUGUUACAGCAGUAAGUAA